AUGUUUCGUCUUGCCUCACGUUGCCGCAAACAGGCGUGCAUAAGUCUUAUUCGGUUGUACUCAGCGACAAACCCCCAAGAGUUAGCCAUCAAGUCGACGAACGGCCAGCGGAUAUCAAGUAAGAAUUUUCGGGUUCUUUGUUUUUUACACCAUUUUUAACGCCACAAAAAUUUUCUACGCAUUUUGCUUUUAGGUGCUGAAUACCUUCAGAAAGUAAAAGAUCAGACAGAAGGCGCAAAGGGCAUUCCUAUUGAACAGUUUCAGCCGUCAAGGGCAGCUUUUGACGUUCUAGCAGCUGAAUAUGAUGCAUUGAGAGAAGAAUGUAAUGAGCUUAAUGACAAAUACAAGAGGGCGCUGGCGGAAACAGAGAACGUUAGGAGGAGAGGACAAAAACAAGUUGAAGACGCUAAAGUUUUUGCCAUUCAGUCGUUUUGCAAGGAUCUCUUGGAAGUUGCGGAUGUUUUGAAUCUGGCCUUGGAUUCUGUGAAGAAAGAGGACUUAGAGAAGGAUCCUCAAUUAAAGAACCUUUAUGACGGAAUUGAUAUGACCAGCACGGUAUUACAGAAGACGUUUGCUCGUCAUGGGCUAAAAAAGGUUUCUCCUGAAGGGGAAAAGUUUGAUCCCAACCUUCACGAUGCGGUUUUUCAAGUUCCAAAAGAAGCGGUAAGAGAUUUAAAGGCUUAUUAUUUUGAAUUUAGAGUGAACAUGCCCCAGGGCAUAUUGCUGAAGUUAUGAAGAUUGGAUAUUAUCUUCAUGAACGUCCUAUCAGACCGGCUCAAGUUGGAGUCGUCAAAAAGUAG